AUGUCAAUUUCUUUGAAAAACUCACUUAAUGACCUGAGAAGAAAAUCUAUAGAAAGGCUUCAGAAUAUUAUCAACAACAAUUCAAGCAAGAAUCGAAGCUUUCUGAAACCAAAAUUUGACUUUGAAAGAAGACGCAAAAGCGUUGGAAGCCGAAACAGCUCAGCUGGAGGGUCCAGUGAAGACGAACGAAGCAAUUCCACUAAAGGCAUCAAUAUCCAGCUAAGGGCUGAAAUUCGGAAAACACUGAAAAAGAAUGACGUAAAAAUCCUAACUUCAAGAGAUUUAAAGAAUAGGCCUCCAAAACACCCAUUAAUGCUUAAGAGGCCUGAAAUCAAGCUAAAUGAUAUCAAAGAAAAUUAUGCGUGCACUUCGAAGACUACAGAGCCAGAGCUUGUACCCUCAUGCAAUUUAAACAAUUCAUGGCGGGACUCAGACCAAACUCUGCCAACAUGCCCAUCUGAUUCAAAACCAAGCUUUCCAUUUCCGAGAAGGAGUCGCAAAAUCAAGAUCCUUUCCCAAGAGAAUUUUGGUGAGAAAUACCUACCUUCUGCCCCCAGCAUCUUCCCAUCUAAUAAAAAUGCAUUUCAGUUUUCUUUACUCCUCAAGAAACAUCCUAAUUUUGAUUAAAAAGCUCUGCAACGAGCAAAAUUUUUUAUAAAAAUAUUUAAUAAAUAAUUAUAACGAAAUCUCUCUAAUUCUUUUGAAAUUAAAACGGCUUAAGACAUAAAUUUUUACUCUAAAAAAAAUUAACCCGAAUAAAUUUUUUUGGUUGCUCACGGAGGUAGGGGGAGUUAGUUAUCAAAGAGCAUGAGCUAGAAGAAUUUUAUGACGAAACUAAAUUCUUAAAAGCUUUCACAUUGGAUGAGCUCCUAACUAAUAACAAAAUAAAUUCGUUCUUAUAA